UUCUCCCAAGCCUCCCUCUCGCUCGGUCGCUCUCUCUCUCUCUCAUAUUGCGGCUCUCUUGGUCUCUGACCUCUUUCUCUCUCUUUCACUUCUCCGUCUUUGAUCUCUUCCGCUCUCUUGGUUAAGUUCUGCUUCCAAUCUCACAACGUCAAGAAUUUGAAUGAAUGAUUACUACUCUCUGCUGCGACAGAAGCCCCCAGUAGACCUGCGCUUCUCUGACGCUUGGGAAGAAUUAGGUUUGUUGCGCUCUCCUUUCUCCCGAUACAACAAUAGAUUAAGCCCGCUUCCUGAUGAUGGAGAACAACACUUCCCAUGGAGUUAAAGCCGGAGAGUGGAGGCAUAAGACGAUACUUUUACCAAGGAAGAGGCUUUCUGACAUAACCAACUUGUCGAUCAGCGACCUUGGCGAUGUACUCGUCACUGAAGAUCAUGAAUAUGGGAAGGCCGGAUCUCCCAUGAUGGUCAACGAAUACAUCGCCAAGCUUCUCAAGGAAAACAAUGUUCUGAUGAGGGCUCUUGCAGAAAGAAAUACGGAGGUGCAGAAUCUCCGAUUGAUGGUGGCAAAACUAAAUCAGCAGAACUGGCAGCUUGCUCAGGCUCACUCUCAAAUGCUAGCGGAGCUCAACCUAGGUAAAGACAGACUAAAAGCAGCACAGCACGAACUUGGUUGCACAUCAACUGCUCUAAAAGUAAAAACCCAGGAUUUGGAGGAACAGAAGAAAUUGAACAAGCAAAACAUGCGAAUUCAUAAUAGUACCAAUCUGGAAGGGCGCGUUAAGCCUGCUGAGAUUGCCGUAGAAACAUCUCAAUUAGCUUCACAUAAGAGGACUUGUCUUCCCAACAGGAAGCGCCCUCAGCGAAGCCAAUCACUUGCACCCAUGCCUAUAACGAAUCAAACAACCACCGAGGAGGAAAACCCAAGGAAACCAGCUCUAAGGAGAAAAUCGAUAAUUUUGAAAGCUGAAUCAUGCCUACCAACUGAGGACUUAUUCGAGAUUGAGGAUACAAAGUUUCCAAUGUGCUCAGGAGACAACAAGGGAGGAAGUUCCCUUCAGCUGAAGCCGUCUGCUCCAACAACCAAGCCAGUGAAAGUUGAGGAAGAAGAAGUCCAACUUACGUCGAGCUUAAAGAGAACAUCUCUGGGAAGACCCUUACGCAGGGCAGCUGAGAAGGUCAAUUGCUAUAAAGAAAUGCCUCUCAACGCCAAACUACGAAGGUCUGAGUAGUAAUGUGAUUAGCCUUAAUAUGAUGUACUGAAUUGCUGCUUUUCUCUACAAACAAAUAUGCUCAGCUGGUUUUGAUGCUGAGGAGCUAAUGAGUUUUGAAAAGCAAUUGAGAUUAGUUUCUAGUUUUGUUCUUCAGUUGAGAUAAUUUUCUAGUUUUGUUGUUUGAUACUGCUUUAUAGAAUUAAUAUGCUUUCAUUUUUAUUCAAAAAGUUGUGCUCUUCAUUUUUAUUCACUUAAUUGACGAUGAUGAUGGAAAUCUAAUUAAUGGUUGAA